AUGUCCUAUAACAUAACACAAGAGCUGAUGAGCUACUACAGAUACCCAGUUAUCACCAAUACGAAGGUGGAAGUCCGAGAGGAGCUUCCCUUUCCAGCCAUCACCUUCUGCAACCAGAGUCCUUUCAACCUGACUGCGGUCAAAGAAGCUGAUCCCUACUUGGAGAAAUAUUUCAAUGGGGUCAGCUUGCUUGGGAGUUUUAAUGGUGCAAUCAAUUGGAGUGAUCCAGGAUACGGUUCUACCUUCUCUGAGGGGCAAAGUCUGGACUGGUGGAAGAAGAUACUCAUGAAACCAAGCCAAAUGCUCAAUUUAUGCAUUAUGAAAGGUUCCUGGUGUUUGGCAGCUUUAAAGCCGGUUGUGACCAACAUCGGUCACUGCACAACAUUCAAUUGGAAUGCUUCUGAUGUUGCCAAAGUGAGAGUGACAGGCUUCGAUAAUAACCUCAUCAUAUUUGCAAACAUCCAUCAUGAUAUAUAUGUGCUUGGUUCACAGAUGGCAGCUGGACUGAGGGUGAUCCUGCACGACCCCCGCAUCCACCCAGACGUUGCGACAUCUUCGUUUUUGGCAGCUCCGGGUACAUCUACGUACGCAGCCGUGAAAAGAUCUACGUUCAAAUACCUACCUGCACCCUAUACAUCCUUCGAGAAUAAGACAUGUGUGGACACUUUGUCUCCGACGUUCAAUAACACUCUGGAAUAUCACGACAUCUACACGUAUGAAACCUGUCUCCAGGAAUGCUUUACAAGGAUUACUUUUAACAAGUGCGGAUGUGUCAAGCCUUCGUAUGAUGGAACCAUGGGAAAGAUAUGCUCUAUUAUUGAAGCUAACACUUGUUAUGAGCCAACAUUUGGUUCCAUCUCGCAAGACCCAGAUGUACAUACAGAAUGUGGUUGUCGAAUCCCAUGUACCUUUGAUACAUACGAGACAAAGGUGUCAUCUUCUAAAUUUCCAUCCAACGUCUCAAUACAGUACAUAAUUGACCUCGGUGUCCCCGUGGACGAAGCCUUCAUGAGAGACAACUAUUUGGAAAUCAGAAUCUACUAUGAAAACCUCAUGCUCCAGGUAACUGAACAAAUCCCCCAGUACACUACAGAGACCAUGACAGGAAACCUGGGAGGUCAGAUGGGCAUCUGUCUCGGAGCCAGCAUCCUGACUCUCACAGAACUCGGAGAGUUCCUCCUCCUGCUCUGCUUGUUUAUCUUCAAAAGAAUUAAGACCGGUGGAGAACUAAAGCGCAUCAAACCUAACAAGAACUGA